GAGACAGAUAAAUAUGAUGAUGGCAAUUUUUGUACACGUACACACGGUCUGUCUGGUCAUCUCCAGACACAGGAAACGAGAGCCCACAGAUUCACGUCAUGCCAUACUCCAAUCGUAUCACACGCUGAUACAAGAAACAUCCCUCCUUGCCUGAGCUGCUGCGCACAGGCUGUGCUUCCGUCCUUAUCAAUACACUACAUAUGCCCACAUGUCAUAUGCAUGGCAUGGCCUGGCCUGGCCUACCUACCGUCCAAUCGUACUGACCGCCCUCCCUCUUUGCGUCCACAGAGGCACCGACGGCUGCCUUCCAAUCAUAGCAUAUCGGCCACCAUAGUGAGAGAACACCAAACAGGAGGAGGCAUAGAGCCGCCGCUGCGUCAUCAUUCUCCCACUGGCCUGUUGAGAGUCCGCUAGACGUGACACUGUUUCCAGAAUGCGCGAUCCGUCCAGCGCUGGAUAGUACUCGACCAUCUUGUCUCCUCUCUCCGCCUCCUUGUCCUUGUCAGCCGCUCGGUACGCCUCCCCCUCUUGUGUGGUUGUGGCGUCCUGCUUGUCGGCGUCUGAUGCUGGUGGAGGGGAGGAGGGUGGGGACCUUUUGAUGCUGAAUGGGUAGUUGCCGCGCAUGAGGUGGUUGAUGUCGGCCAGCACCCAGUCAGACGCAUCGUACUCCUCGUCGCGCGUCACACCAGCACCGGGCUCCUCGUGGGGCAUGUUAGUGGGCUCGAAACUGCACAGAUGCAUUACCCGUGUGCAAGGUGUGUGUGGUGAUCUCCAUCUGCGCAAGCAUGUACCUGAGCGAUGGGUGUCUGGCGCUCAGCUGUGACUCGAAUCGCAGGCAAUGCUGAGCGGUCGUCUGCUCCUUACGCCCCAAUACUACCUGCACACACGUACGCAGGACACACAGACGACCUGCACACAGACACGAGCACAUGUGUAAGCGAGUGCGUACGGUGGGCGGCUCCUUGGUCGGGUUUUCGACGUAGAAUGUCUGCAGGACUUUGAGCACGCAAUCGACCUGCACCAGACAGCCCCGCUCCAGCAGUGCCUGCACACACACACGGUUGCAUGGCAUGGAGGCGUACACGGGUAUGUAUACGUAUCCAUGCGCAGGCAGCUUUUCUUCUCCUGUGUACGUUCAUUACGUCUCGGAUGUCCCUCUGCGUCUGAGGGAAUGGGCUGGUGCGGGUCUGACAGAAUCAGAGAGACGACAACCAACAUACUUCACGUGGGCAGUCAGGCCGCUCACCCUCUGCAUGUCUUCCUCUUUCAGUAUGAUCUGCUGGCCAAACGACUCUGCACACAAACACACGCACACACACGCACACACGUGUGUAUGCGUCCACGCUCAUGUGCGUGAGGGUUUGCUGAUGGCUCACGGAUGACUUUCCGAUCGGCGAUGUCGUCGCCUCUCUCAGCACCUGUUGAUCGAUCAAGGGACACAACACGUAUGUGUCUGUUUGUACUGUGCGAGUAGAUGAAUGCAUCGUACCCACGAAAAGGGCCACCCGGUCGACCUCCACUGAUAUAGCCUUCUGCACCUCGUGGUGGAUCUGAUACGUACGCACGGCAACACAUAGCAGACACACACACGGGGGAUAGUCAUGCGUGUGUAGUGUGCAAGUGAGCUCCACUCGUACCUUCCACUCUCUGUCUUUGACCUUCUUGAGGACCGGUGCGAAGGUGGACGCCAAAGACUCCUCACAGCAGUGGCGCAGCGCAUUCACAUCGAUGGGAUUUAAACUCUCAGCCACAUACCUGCCAUGCACACACACACGCGUGCAGUCACGUCAGCUCUCUCUAUACUCCAGUCAGUAUUCCCCUUCAAUCUCACCCACCGCAGUGCCGCCAAGCUGCCGGCCGCGAAAUUCGUGUAGAAGUUGUCGAAGUACACCGGCGCCAUGUUCCGGCAGUGUGUGAGCGCCAGCCAGUUGAAGAUCCACCGCUGCAGCAGCCCGCUGUGUCGCACCGACGGCAGGCCGCCGAGAGCAGUCAGCGGUGCCAUCCACUCCAUAUCAUUAUCGUUGCCGCUGCUGUUGUUGGCAUCUCCGCUGUCAGGCGAGGGGGCGGCGCCGGUCGAUGUUGACGCUUCCGAGCAGAAAGGACGCACCCAGCAACGAGCCGGUAUUCGGCGAGAGAGCAAAGGACGCAGCAUCAUGGCCCCCCACACACGGGCGCUGCUCCGUGGGCGCAAUAUAUCAGUACAUGAUUUUGGUUGCCAGG